AUGCCGGCGCGUGUGGCGGCGGAGAUCGCUGCGCUCCCGGAGCCGCGCGGGCCCAUGCGCCGCCUCUGCGGCGACCUCGCGCGCCGCAUCCGCCUCCUCGCGCCCCUACUCCAGCACCUCCAAGACCGGGACCGGGACCGGGACGACGCCUUGCCUCUCGCAGACGCGCUGGGUGCCGCGCGCGACCUCCUCCGCGCAGUUCACGACGGCAGCAAGAUCUACCAGGCCAUGCAAGGGGAUGCCGUGCUCCAACGCUUUGCAACUGUCAACAGGCACAUUCACCUGGCCUUGGAUGCCUUGCCCUACCAAACCUUCGACAUGCCUGAAGAAGUGCUGGAGCAGGUCGAUCUUGUGCAUUCUCAGUUCAAAAGGGCUGCAACCACAGCUGCUCCACCAGACGCACAGCUGUCCAAGGAUAUAUGCUCUGCUCUUGCUGACAAGGCCUUUGACCCUCGGGUCUUGACGAGGAUCUCAGAUAAGCUGCAACUGCACACCAUGGCCGAUAUCAAGAAAGAAUCCCUCGCCCAGCAUGAGAUGGUCAUCUCUAGUGGCGGCGAACCUGAUGGCUGUGUCGAGGAGAUGUCUUCCUUGCUCAAGAAGCUUAAAGACUGCGUCGUCACUGAAGCUCCCACCACAGAGACGCCCAGCACCAGGUCUGCCUCCAUAAAGCAUACAUCUCCUAUCAUCCCUGAUGAGUUCAGAUGCCCAAUAUCCCUUGAGCUCAUGCAAGACCCUGUCAUCGUUUCCAGCGGGCAGACUUAUGAGCGAUCUUGCAUCCAGAAAUGGCUUGAUUCUGGACACAAGACAUGCCCUAAGACGCAGCAGCUCCUCUCCCAUACAUCGCUGACACCAAACUUUGUCCUAAAAAGCCUAAUAGCACAGUGGUGUGAAGCCAAUGGCAUUGAGCUUCCAAAGAACAAGGCAAACUCCCGAGAUAAGAAAGCAGCAAAAAGCUCUGACUACGACCAUGCUGGUUUAGUCUCCCUAAUGAACAGGCUGAGGAGUGGCAGCCAAGAUGAGCAACGUGCAGCUGCUGGUGAGAUCCGUUUGCUUGCAAAGAGAAAUGUCAACAACCGGAUAUGCAUUGCUGAAGCAGGAGCAAUCCCCUUGCUAGUCAAUCUACUUUCCUCUUCAGAUCCAAGAACGCAGGAACAUUCUGUCACAGCGCUCCUUAACCUCUCUAUCCAUGAGAACAACAAGGCAAGCAUUGUAAGCUCUCAUGCUAUCCCUAAGAUUGUGGAAGUGCUCAAAACUGGGAGCAUGGAAGCUAGAGAGAACGCAGCAGCCACAUUAUUUAGCUUGUCAGUUGUAGAUGAAAACAAGGUUACAAUUGGUGGCGCUGGCGCAAUACCUCCACUCAUUAAUCUUCUGUGCGAUGGGAGCCCAAGAGGGAAGAAAGAUGCUGCGACGGCAAUUUUUAAUCUGUGCAUAUACCAGGGAAAUAAGAUACGAGCAGUGAAAGCUGGAAUCGUUAUCCAUCUGAUGAACUUCUUGGUGGAUCCUACUGGGGGAAUGAUUGAUGAGGCACUCACACUUCUGGCUAUUCUUGCUGGUAACCCUGAAGCCAAGGCUGUAAUUGCGCAAUCAGAUCCCAUCCCGCCACUUGUGGAGGUGAUUAAAACUGGGUCUCCUCGCAACAGAGAGAAUGCUGCAGCUGUUCUGUGGUCACUUUGUUGCACUGAUGUUGAGCAAACAAGGGCUGCAAAGGCUGCUGGAGCUGAGGAUGCACUCAAGGAACUGUCAGAUUCUGGCACAGAACGUGCAAAGAGAAAAGCUUCUAGCAUUCUGGAACUCAUGCGGCAAGCUGAAGAAGCAUGA